ACGUGUGCCCGACCCAGCUUUUCGAUCGUCGACCCCGCUGGCAGGCGGCUCUAUUGUUUUUCAGAUCCCUCCCCCUAUUUCACUGCCUUCUCAAAACCCCAAUCUCUGUUUUCCUUGUAUUGGUUUUGAGAGGAAAAGAGGAAGAAGGGUCCAUGGUUUUUUACUUCAAGGCCCGUCCAGAUGCGGGCGAUUACACCAUUUUCAUGGGUCUGGACAAGCACGAGAAUGAAGAUCUCAUCAAAUAUGGAUUUACUGAAGACAUUUGGUUCCAUGUGGGUAAAAUGUCUUCCGCCCAUGUUUAUCUAAGACUGAACAAGGGUCAGACUAUGGACGAUAUAAGUGAAGGAUUACUUGAAGAUUGUGCUCAGCUUGUCAAAGCCAAUUCCAUCCAAGGGAAAUUCUUUUUCAAUAUUGACGUUGUUUACACCCCAUGGUACAAUUUGAAGAAGACUCCUUCCAUGGAUGUUGGGCAAGUUGGUUUCCACAAUCCUAAAAUUGUCCGCACCGUGAGAGUAGAGAAGCGCCUGAAUGAGAUAGUGAAUAGGUUGAACAAGACAAAAGUCGAAAGGAAGCCUGACUUGAAAGCUGAGCGGGAAGCAGUGAAUGCCGCAGAAAGAGCAGAAAGGAAACUUCAGCUGAGAGAUAAAAAAAGACGGGAAGAGAUGGAGAGGCUUGAAAAGGAGAGGCAGGCAGAGAUACGGAGCUACAAGGGACUGAUGGUCCCCGACAAGAUGACCUCUAACAAACAGAUAGCGGCAACCAACAAGUCCUUGCAGGAACUGGAAGAGGAUUUCAUGUGAGGCUAGACUGCAAGUGAUUCUCCAUGAAGCCCCACUCACUUUGACGAUUUCCACCAGUUAUGAUUGUUACUAAAGGGUAAGCAUUUGGUGGGCCCAGAAACCCAUAAUCCCCUUUCGUUUGUCGAUUCAUCCUCAGCAACAGAGGCCCGUUCCAUACGAUUGUAUGUGAAGAAGUUGACCUGUAUUUAUCUUUUAAUCUUUUUAUUCAUCUCAUCGGAAGCUAGUGAUGAUGAUUCAAAAGCAUUGAAAGGACUCUUGAUAUCUGCUGUUUGUUCCUGCCGUUGAUUGGUAAACUCGGUACUGGAGGUUCUUCUCGUGUUUGCUGAACUCCGUACUGCUGUUGAUUGCUAUACUCGGUACUGCAAGUUCUUCUCGUGUUCGGUUCCAA